UUGGCGCUGUCCUUAACCAAUGAGAUUAGGACCUAUAGACACUGGACCCGGAAGUGGUGCAGUGUUGUCUCUGCUUCCGGUUGAGGAAAUGGAGGCGCUUCACCGGCUUCGGCAGUUUGACGCUUAUCCAAAGACAUUGGAGGACUUUCGGGUGAAGACAUGUGGUGGGGCUAUAGUUACCGUGGUUAGUGGUCUUAUAAUGCUGAUUUUGUUUUUCUCAGAGCUUCAAUAUUUCCUCACUAAAGAAGUCUACCCGGAAUUGUUUGUUGAUAAAUCUAGAGGAGACAAGUUAAAGAUAAACAUUGAUAUUAUAUUUCCGCACAUGCCUUGUGCUUAUCUGAGCAUAGAUGCCAUGGAUGUCGCUGGAGAGCAACAGCUUGAUGUAGAACACAAUCUAUUCAAGCAGAGACUGGAUAAAGAUGGGAAUCCUGUGACUUCAGAAGCAGAGAAGCAUGAUCUAGGAAAAUCAGAAGAACCUGUGGUGUUUGACCCCAAAACUUUAGACUCUGAUCGUUGUGAAAGUUGCUACGGUGCAGAAACAGAUGAUUUUAGGUGUUGUAAUUCAUGUGAUGAUGUGCGUGAGGCUUACCGUCGGAAAGGGUGGGCAUUUAAAACCCCAGAUUCUAUAGAGCAGUGUAAACGGGAGGGCUUCAGUCAGAAGAUGCAGGAGCAGAAGAAUGAGGGAUGCCAGGUGUAUGGCUUUCUAGAAGUUAACAAGGUGGCUGGAAAUUUUCAUUUUGCCCCUGGGAAAAGCUUUCAGCAAUCUCACGUCCACGUUCACGACUUGCAGAGCUUUGGACUUGACAAUAUAAAUAUGACCCAUAAUGUGAGGCAUCUCUCAUUUGGAAGAGAUUACCCAGGUCUAGUAAACCCUCUUGAUGGGACAAGUGUUGCAGCCAUGCAAGCUUCCAUGAUGUUCCAGUACUUUGUGAAAAUUGUUCCUACAGUAUACGUAAAACUUGAUGGAGAGGUAUUACGCACCAAUCAGUUCUCAGUGACCAGGCAUGAAAAGAUUGCAAAUGGGCUAAUUGGAGAUCAAGGCUUACCCGGUGUGUUUGUCCUGUAUGAGCUUUCUCCUAUGAUGGUAAAACUCACAGAGAAGCACAGAUCAUUAACUCACUUUCUAACUGGAGUGUGUGCCAUAAUUGGAGGAGUGUUUACAGUUGCAGGCCUCAUGGACUCUCUCAUCUACCACUCCACACGUGCUAUUCAGAAGAAAAUUGAGCUUGGCAAAACCACAUAAAGGGAAAAAUAUCCUAUAUCUCCAGGCCAGAGACUAUCAAAUUUUGCUCGUCUUCUAUGGAUAUCUGGAAGGGGCAACUAAAAUGACAGGGAGAAAGUGUGUGUGCGCUCACAUAAACUCUAUAUUGUCAUUCUGAGAAAUGCACAAUGAAAGACUCUUUUAAAUAUCAUUUGCCGGAGCCUGCGCUGUUUCCCACGGAAAUGUUAUUAGUGUAACAUGCAAUGUCAUUUGGCAGGUUACAGCAGGUACAUUCUUUAUCACUGGUGAGAUUUUAUCUUUAUUAUUUCAUUUCUCCUUGUGCUGCUCCAAGUGGACGUUGAAUGUACUUUUCUGUAGUGAUGUCUGGCCACUUGGAGAAGCUACUUUGGAGAAUGCAGAUUGUGGUGUAUAGAACUGGAAACCAUCCAUUACCAUGCAGCAAAGCAACAGUCACCAGCAGAGAAGCUGACUACAGGUGUCUGUCGUGAGACGUAAUCUUUACAGUCAUCCAGUUUUAUGCUGUUUAAAGAGCUGAACAACAAGAAGUUGCAAGAAAAUGACCUUAAAAGUGGAUUUUACUAUUUGUUAUGCAGCUAUUAAUUGUUAACAGAAGGAUUUUUUUUCUGAAGUUGUCAUAUGAAGGCGAGUUGUGUAACCAGUAUAGUGUCUAGAUAAUCCCACAUUUUACAGAUGCCAUGUUGCUGGUGAUGCAUUUAAGGACAGGUGGUCUUUCCCGAUACAACCUUUUUAAAAUACAAAGGUCUUCAGUUUUUUAUUUUAUGUGGAUUGACCCUUAAAUGUUGACUUGCAUAUGAAGUAGGGAGCAACAAAACAAUUUGGGUACAAUGAAAGCAUAUCUAAUAAGUUUACUGGUCCUGUGCAUGGCUCUGGUAUAUCCCCUCUUAUUAGGAAAUUUGUUAACAUGUUUUAUUUAAGACUUCCAAUGCAUUAAAUUGGCCAAGGGUGCUUUUGUUCCUGGCUACGGAGACGGAUAUCAGUGUUCUAAGUGAGGUAAAACUGAUGCGGUCUGUCACAGAAAUGUAUUUAUAACAUAUAUAUUAUAUUUUCCCAUGGAAAAUAUUGGCACGUACCAUGCUAGGAUGUUUCCAAUUUUUUUUUUUUUUUUUUUAGGUAAUUUGUGCCAAUGUACUGGUAUGAUCCACACAGUAGAAACUAUUCAAGUGGACCUGUCACAUAGGGAGGGUAUCCAGUUUUCAUACUUCCAAUCUGCUAGGUGUGGGUGACAGAACCAUGAGCACUUCAUAUACACAUAAGGUUUUGGUUUCUAGGGCUACAUUUUUAGGAGUUCAAAAUGGCUACCUCAAGUGUGUGUCCACUUAAAAACAAUAACUUUUUGGUUUUGUGCAGCCUAUUGUUGAUCAUUUGCUCUGACAUCUAGGUUACAGUACAGAUGUCUUUUUGGAUUGUUACUAGUAAUUAAUCUUUAUACUGUGUUGCGUUUUGGUGCACAUAUCUGCAAUGCUCAGUCACAGCAUUUUGUUUGCACUUAAGGUGAGUUCUAUGGUUAUGCUUUAUACACUGUCUUGUAUUAGGGCAUAUGCUAACAGUACUUUGCUUAUAGUUAACCAACGCAGUCUUAACAAGAGAAGUAGCAAACAGAUGUUUCCAAAAGGAUUGUGAUAUUUGACAGAAGCAAAGAUCUGUUCAAAAACGCCAACUAUUUUAGGUAAUUAAAAUAAUCUUGCAAUAUUGUCUAUGGUGCAUUCAGUGUUGCACACAAAGUGGCCACAUUACUUGCUACAAAAAAUAGCGGCAGAUUUCCGCCAGUCGCUGGUAUGUAUGGCUAAACCACCCAUGGGUGUAGUAUGGCUGACCGGUGGUCUCCUGACCGCCGGUCAGCUUACCGACGCCGGGAUCCCGGCAGCAUACCGACGCCGGGAUCCCGGCAGGGAGAGGCGAGUGCAGCAAGCCCCUUGCGGGAUCGCUGCGCUCGCCACGCUGCGGGCUCGGUGGCGACCUGCGGUCGCCACGGGUUCUAUUCCCACUCUAUGGGUGUCGUGGACACCCACGAGUGGAAAUAGUCCCUGUUGGUCGGCAUGCCGACCAUCGGGAUAGUGGGUGUCGGGAUGCUGCAGGAGGUCAUGUGACCGUCGGUCUCCCGAAUACCACCCCCACCCAUAUACAUAUGCUUGUGAGAGCAGCUUACAUCACUGUCUGCACACAUUUUCACCGGGUGUAGUAUGGUUUGCCGGCGGUCAGCAUACCGGCGCCGGAAUCCCAACCACCGGCAUACCGACAGCUGGGUGGGCGCAAAUGAGCCCCAUGCGAGCUCGCUGCGCUCUCCACAGUGGCGCGCCACGCUAUCUAUUCUCCCUCCAGGGGGGUCGUGAACCCCCAAGAGGGAGAAAAGAUGUCGGGAUUCCGGUGCCAGUAUGGUGGUCGCCGAGAGCCCGGCCGCCGGCAAUCCGAACACCACCCUUUUCACCAGCCCUAUCAUCUGUGCAAGAGAUCCUUUUACAAUUGGCUGUUCUUUGCAUGUGCUUACUUAUGAAUAGGGAGCAGUUCCAUCUACACACCUACGACAAACAUAUGUUAGAUGUUACUGUACCUCCUGUUGUUGCCCACUUAAACCCAUUUAGCCACCAGUGGUGUGCCUUCCGUGCUACUCUUAAUAUGCCACAGAUCUGCAAAGAUGCAUGUGUGCGUUUUUGGGUGCUUACGCAGAGCGUGUGCUCCACUUUAUAUCAGGCCCUAAGUGUGUAGUAAAUAUGAAAUUGUAGAUUUUAUUUUCAGCUAACGCCUGGUUCUUUUUAAAAUAGCUGCAGAAAAAAGGAGUUGCUGGGCAGGCGCACUGGUUCCCACUUAUAGUGGACUAAAGAUAUUAAACUAGUAUAUAAGGUUGAUUACAUGUAAAUGUGUACUAUUCAAUGUAUGUAUGAAUGGACAACAUAGAAAAGAACCGGUGGUGCUCCCAAGAGUAAUAAAUAAACCUUUUAUGAGAGGAGGACAGAGAA